AUGGCGCUUAGCAGCGGCAUCCUCGCCUUGUCAAUCAUUGGAGUGCUGGUCGCUGGUAUAGUGACAGUGGUCGCCACGAUCGCCAUCUACCUAUGCGCCAAGGUCGCCGUGCAGAUGUAUCUGCAGAAGGAAGACAAGCAGGACGGUCACCGGGACGCGUGGCUCGGCAACGGAGCAGCCGCCGGUAGCACGCCGAGAGCCACGGAUGACGCAGAGGACGUCGAGAUGGGGAGCAUGAGCUUCUUCAUCGAGGGUGUCCAGAACGAGCGGCCCGUCCGCUUCAGCUCGCAGCAGCUGCGGGGCUUCACCCAGGGCUUCGCGCACAAGCUAGGCUCCGGCGGCUUCGGCGUGGUGUACAGGGGCAGGUUUCCCAACGGCACGCCCGUGGCCGUGAAGGUGCUCAACAGCACGCUCGGGAGGCGCGCGGAGGAGCAGUUCAUGGCGGAGGUGGGCACCAUCGGGAGGACCUACCACAUCAACCUCGUCCGCCUCUACGGCUUCUGCUUCGACGCCGCGGUGAAGGCGCUCGUGUACGAGUACAUGGAGAACGGCUCGCUUGACCGGCACCUGUUCGGCACGCCGGCGCCGGAGGGCCGCGCCAUCGGCUUCGAGAAGCUCCAAGAGAUCGCCGUCGGCACGGCCAAGGCGGUGCGGUACCUGCACGAGGAGUGCCAGCACAGGAUCAUCCACUACGACAUCAAGCCGGAGAACGUGCUGCUCGGGGCCGACAUGGCGCCCAAGGUGUCCGACUUCGGGCUCGCCAAGCUGUGCGACAGGGAGGACACCCACCUGACCAUCACGGGCGCGCGGGGCACGCCCGGGUACGCGGCGCCGGAGCUAUGGAUGCCGCUGCCGGUCACGCACAAGUGCGACGUGUACAGCUACGGGAUGCUGCUGUUUGAGAUGCUGGGUCGGCGGCGGAACCUGGAGCUCGGGCUGCACAGCCGCGAGAGCCAGGAGUGGUACCCGCGGUGGGUGUGGCACCGGUUCGAGGCCGGCGAGAUGGACGCCGUGCUGGCACGCGCGAUGGCCGCGGGGGACCUGGACGCCACGGAGAAGGCGGCGAGGAUGUGCAAGGUGGCGCUGUGGUGCGUGCAGUACCGGCCGGAGGAGAGGCCGUCCAUGGGCAAUGUGGUGCGGAUGCUGGAGGGGGAGGAGCAGAUCGCCGCGCCGGGCAACCCGUUCGCGCACCUCGCGGCAUACAGCGCCGGAGUGACGUUGUCCGAUGACACCACAACGGAUUCCUACGGUUCUUCAGCUUUCACCGGCAAGUAG